AUACCGCGUGGGGGGUGGGGUCGGGGAGGCUGGGGGUGGUUGGACAGGCGAGUUUUCCAGUGCUUGUGCCGUGCUGGGUGCGGGGACACCCGGAGACCCUCGACUCGAGCUCACUCAGUCGCCUUUCUCAUCCGCCGUCUCCGCGCCGGCCGGGUACCAUCUCUUUACCCCACACUCAAGUGACACAAAAUGCCCUUCAAUGGUGGCGAGAAGCGGUGUGUGGGUGAGGACCAGCAGAGCGACUCAGAUUCUUCCCGGUUUUCCGAAAGCAUGGCUUCGCUCAGUGACUAUGAGUGCUCCAGGCAGAGCUUCACAAGCGACUCCUCCAGCAAAUCCAGCUCUCCUGCCUCAAGCCCUCCCAGGGUUGUAACGUUUGAUGAAGUGAUGGGUGCAGCAAGGAACUUGGAAAACAUGACUCUUGUUCACGAAAUUGCUGUAAAUGAGAACUUUCAGUUGAAAAAAGAUGCCCUCCCUGAGAACAGCUUGGCCAGCCGAGUGAAACGCAUCGUCCACCAGGCCUACUGGGAUGUCUUGGAGUCGGAACUGAAUGCUGACCCUCCUGAGUAUGACCACGCCAUCAAGCUGUUUGAAGAAAUCAGAGAGAUUCUUCUCUCUUUUCUGAUUCCUGGUAGUGGAAACCGGCUUCGCAACCAGAUCUGUGAAGUUUUGGACACGGACCUCAUUAGACAACAGGCUGAGCACGGUGCUGUUGACAUCCAAGGCCUGGCCAACUAUAUCAUCAGCACAAUGGGAAAGCUGUGUGCUCCCGUGCGAGAUGACGAUAUCAGAAAGUUAAAGGCCACUGGCAACAUUGUGGAGCUGCUGAGGCAAAUAUUCCAUGUCCUGGACCUCAUGAAUAUGGACAUGGCCAAUUUUCUAAUUAGGAGUUUUAGACCACAUUUUCAACGCCAACUGGUGGAUUAUGAGAGAACUAAGUUCCAGGAAAUUUUAGAAGAAACUCCAAGUGCUCUUGAUAAAACUACCCAGUGGAUAAAAGAAUCUGUAAAUGAAGAAUUACUUUCUGUUUCUGAGACCGGUUUAACUCCUGCGGCCGGAACCAGCUCCAAGCCACACCUGAGCCCUACACUGGUGCUAAAUAACAGUUAUUUGAAACUGUUGCAGUGGGAUUAUCAGAAAAAAGAAUUUCCAGAGACACUGAUCACAGAUGAAGCACGUCUUCAGGAACUGACAGAAAAGCUGAAUCAAUUGAAAAUUAUUGCCUGCCUGUCCCUCAUUACCAACAAUAUGUUGGGUGCUAUCACAGAAGGCCUCCCUGAGCUGGCAGACCGGUUAAAGAGGGUCUCGGCUGUUCUGCUCGAAGGCAUGAAUAAAGAGACCUUUAACUUGAAGGAAGUCCUGAAUUCUGUUGGUGUUCAGACAUGUGCUGAGGUUAACAAGACCCUGGUGGAGAGAGGCUUACCCACUUUAAAUGCGGAGGUUCAAGCUAAUCUUGUAGGUCAAUUUUCAAGCAUUGAAAAGGAAGACAAUCCUAUCCGGUCUUUGAUUGAUAAACGAAUCCAGCUAUACUUGAAGAGCCUACUUGGUCUUCCAAGCCCUCAAAAAUGCCUGCCUCCCAUGCCCGGAGGUCUUGCUGUCAUUCAGCAGGAGCUGGAAGUGCUAGGCUGUCAAUAUGCUAACAUCGUGAAUCUCAACAAACAAGUGUAUGGACCAUUUUAUGCAAAUAUACUUCGAAAGCUGCUCUUUGGUGAGGAAGCCACAGGGAAGACAGAUGCUUCAUCUUCUGCUAACUAAAGAGGAACUGACGUUGGACAAGAGAUUGGAAAUCCAUACUUCAGUAUGGAGUCUGUUUCCAUCAGAGGCAUUACAGAUGCGGCACAUUCUCAGUCCUGUUGGUGGUGCAGUGUUAGCCCGAACCUGUGUAACCCAGUAACGUUAGGAUUGCAGGAGACACGCACAUCAUAUACACUCUACUCGUGCAUCAUUUUCAAGUUCAAAAGAGAUGUUUCUCAUGAUCAGAAAGCAAUUUGUAAUUAAUUAUAUUACCCACAUAAUACUUGUGUUUUCUUAAACAUUUAUAUCUGGCUGAUUCAUUCAACCCUUAAGGAGUUGUAUUGCCUCACUUGUCGCUAUCAAACCUAAUGAUUUUUAAUAUUGGUACAACUUAAAGGGUUGAAAGGUGUGAUAAUAACCAAGGGGAUUGAUGUUCUGAAUACAUGAUGUAAGCAUAAUUGUAUUUGAAAUGUACAAUGAAAAAAAAUAAAUCAAAAAAGACAUGUACAAGGAAAUUUUAUUAAUGUGUAAUAGAAACUUACAUAGUAAGUCCUAAAAUUCCUCAAAUGUGCCAGUUCACAUUUUAUAAUACCAACUGUCAGUAUUUGUGUAGAAUUUAAAUUUAUUAAAUAUAUUUUAAAGCUAUAUGCAAAUUUUAGAUAAAACCUCCAUUGUUCACUUAGUGAAAUUAGAAGCCAAUCCCUUCUAAGAAUUUAUUCUGGAGGUUGGUUUGUUCUUGCAAUUUAUCCUGCUCUCUGAGAGAAAUGAUUUUUGCACAAAUCUCUUAGUGAAUGUCUUUGCAUUUCUCAGGCCAUUGGUAAGGUUUGUAUAAGAUUUUAAUAUUUUUACAUAAGGCAGGAAUGGUUUGAUUUGGUUUACCUGUAAGAAGAAGGGAAGUUUAACAAUAAAAAGCGAUGCCAGGAGAUUCCCAUUCUCAUGAAGGAGAAGUAGCUGAACUUUGGAUUUUUUAACCACAUCGCUCCCUAGCAAAUGCCUUGUGUGCUGAUUAGAUACAUACCCUGCUAUGACCUAGGUGCUCUUCUAAGCAUCGUUAUCAUUUGACAUUCUUGAGCAUGAAACCAUUUGGCCAAGUCGGCACUGGUUGUCAUUAGAGAAAGCUGCUUGUCCUGGAAGUGCAUACUUUUUUGAAGUGUUCAGGGAAACAUUUCAGUUUGGGCGGACUCAGGCGAGAAAAGUGCUUUAUUUGCUAAAAUACAUUUUUGGUUUUUUUUCCCCCUAAGGACUCAGUAGCUUGCUGGGGAAGAGCGGGUAUGACGUUGAAAGUUUUUUCUUCCUCACCCCUUUUGCCUCACCACGGCCUCCACCAGGAUGGUGCUGCUCCUUUAUUUGACAAAGUUCUAGGAAAUGAUUGUGUGAAUAAAUUAUCUCCAAUCUUCACAUUUUGGAGGGAUCUGCCAAAAUCUGAGGAAAUUUUGAAAGUCAGUUUUUUCUCUCACAAUGACCAAUACAGAAAUCAGCCAGGCUGUCCAUUUCGGCCGGGGUUUGUAAGUGGAAACCUGCCGAAGAGCACGUCACUGGUCUCACCACGCCCUCUUCCUGUACUUCCAUUCUGCCCGCGCUUUUCUAUGCUUAGAAACCAUACGGUGCUGAAGAUUUCGUUUUCAUUUUCUCUUAAAUUGAAGUCGUUUCAACUGUGUUCACUUUGGGGCAUGGGCAGCAGCGGAGGUCUAAUAUAGCAACGGAAUGUAUUGUGUGAUUUUUGUUGUUGUUAUUGCUGAGGUGAACUGUAUACUUAUCAGAAAGACCAGGUGCACUUUUUAAUUAUCGGGUUGGAAUCCAGCUGGUGUUCUUAUAUACUUGAUUAUACUGCGAUUGCCAGCAGGAAAACAAUGUGCAAACAUUUUUUAAAAAUGUAUUUUAAAUGAAGGGCAUUCUGCUUUUUUUUGCUUUUUUUUUUUUUAAGUGGCAAAGUAAAUCUCAAUGUCUCAAGUCUGGAUUUAGGCAACUACAUUUAUUAGGAUUUUUGUAUCAUAUCUCUUAGCAUGUUGUUUAUUUGGUUUUUUACCUAAAUGUUUACUUCUGCUUUUAAGGUUUUCUUACCAUGGUCUUGUUUUGUAAUGUCAAUUUUAUUAAACACCAUACAUACAUUUUCAUUCUUCUGCUAAGACAUGUAUUGUGUGCACUGUUAAAUUUUAAACAUUAAACAUUAUUUCAACAUA